AUGAAACUAUCAUCAUAUGUAUUAGCUUUGAGACCGUGGUCACUUAGUGCAUCUCUUAUUCCCACCUUAUUGGGAACAGCGUUGGCAUACAAAAGCACAUCCGAGUUUGGAUGGCUAAUACUUUUAGUGACUAUUUUUACAUUAGUAUCCGUUCACGGUGCUGGAAAUUUAGUCAACACCUAUUUCGAUUAUGUUAAAGGAAUUGAUGGAAGAAAAAGCGACGAUAGAACUCUCGUGGAUCAUUUACUAUCGCAAGAUGAAGUGGUCACAUUUGGGGCAUUUCUGUAUGCAGCUGGUUGCGCCGGUUUCAUAGCCUUAGCUGCACUUUCACCAGCAAAAAUGGAGCAUUUGGCACUUAUAUACUUUGGUGGUUUAUCAAGUUCGUUUUUAUACACCGGAGGAAUAGGAUUAAAAUACAUUGCACUUGGUGACGUCAUUGUACUUGUUAUUUUUGGUCCUCUAUCAGUACUUUUUGCUUUUAUGGCACAAACUGGGAAAGUUGAAUGGUCGUGCAUUUAUUAUGCCAUACCUCUUGCCUUAAACACUGAGGCCAUUCUUCACUCUAAUAAUACAAGGGAUUUAGAAAGUGAUAAAGAAGCUGGUAUUGUAACAUUAGCCAUUUUAAUAGGUUUCACAGCUUCAUAUGUGUUGUAUGCAUUGUUACUCUUUACACCAUACAUAUUAUUCGUUAUAGUUAGUUUGAGAUAUUCUCUUUGGUUUUUGCUGCCUCUCAUAACUCUUCCUUCUGCUUUUAAAAUUGAAAAACAAUUUAGGUGUCACAAUACAAUUCAAAAAGUUCCACAAAGGACAGCUAAACUCAAUUUAUACUUUGGUUGUUUAUAUGUGAUAGCUGUGAGUGCCAUUAAAAUGCUACCAUUUAUAAAUUAUUAA